AUGAAUCUUAUUGAAUUAAUACCUGAUAUUAUAGAUCGUUUUAAGAUGUAUCCGAUAGGUAUUAGUGCCGAUAUUGAAAAUGCUUUCUUAAUGUUAUCCGUCGCAUCUAAAGAUAGAGAUUUUCUCAGACAUUUUUUCCCAUGCAAUGAAGGGCAAUUAAUUUAUAGGCAUUGCAGGGUUGUGUUUGGAGUUUCUUCGAGCCCCUACUUGUUGAACGCAUCUAUAAUGCAUCUAUUAGAAAACUGUCCACGUCAAUAUAGUGAAGUUGCUCAAAGAUUAAAAUCGUCAUUUUAUGUGGAUAAUUGUUUAUCUAGUGUUUGUAGUAUUGAUGAACAGUUUACUUUUAUUGAACAUUCCAAAUUAAUCAUGUCAAAUGGAUAUUUUAACUUGCGCGGUUUUGAAAGCAAUGUGGCUGGUACAAAUGUUGACAAACAUUCAGGGGAUACUUCCGUUUUGGGGGUAAUUUGGAAUUUAGAUAAUGAUACGCUGAGGUGCUGCACAGACACAGAUACAUUGACCUGUGAUACGAAAAUCACAAAGAGGACAAUUUUGGCAAUUGUGCAGACAAUUUUUGAUCCUGUUGGUUUAUUAACAAACUGUUGUUGCAAAAAUUGUGGAAAGUGA